UCCAAUCAGGCUUCACUUGAGCGGCACCGCUUCCUGGUUGACUUUCCACGCGCCUGUGUGCUUUCCAGAGUUUGGCACGCAACGCAGCUCAGGAGUAAUUUAUCUCAUGGCCAAGGACAAAUCGUUGAAAUCAAAACCUCUUAAGAGGAAGGAUCUGGGUCCAUCUGAUGACCGUACAGAAAUAAUGGACACUGAAGUAAAUACGAAGAGGAAAAAGAUGGAUGCAGAUGAGGCUCCUGCUCACAUGUCUCAGCUAACAAACACAACAGAUGAUAAAAAACGGAAAAAGAACAAGAAGAGCAAAAAGGAACGAGUGAACCAAACCGUAGAGCAAGCAGAGGUUCUUGAUCCACCCAGCUGUCCUGAGGGGACAGCUGAGGCAGAGGGGCUCGAGGACUUGAGUCCCGAGGAGAAGAGGGUCCUGGAGAGGAAGCUGAAGAAGAUUCGGAAAAAGGAGGAGAAGAAAAGGCUCAAAGCGGAGGGAGUGACUUUGGAGCAAACAAAACCAUCUGGACCCAGUGCACAACAGCAGGCCUUAGACUACCUCACGUGCUGGGCUGAAAACCGUUCACGGUGGAAGUUCCAGAAGACGAGGCAGACGUGGUUACUGCAGCACCUCUUUGAUUCUGAAAAGAUUCCAGACGACACGUUUUCGGUGCUGCUUCAGUACCUGGAGGGGCUUCGUGGAAGUGGGAAGGACACAACUGUGCAGAAGGCCUUAUCCCUGGUGGAGGAAUCUGGAAAAGCACCAGAAGACAUAGUCGUCCAGCAGAGGGCACACAGAGCCAGAGAAGUUAUCCAGCUAUUAUCCUGAGCCACAAAUAUUACAGAGAGACUCGCAAAAAGACUAAACUCUGUUCACAGGACUGAAGGAUCGGCCUGAUCUAAGGCUUGGGCUAAAGAGGUUUUAAAUAAACGGUCCCUGUUUGUGUUGCCAGUAUUAUUCACCUGUUUUAAUAAUUAAAAGUGUUACUUUAUCACCUCUGUUUCUUUACAUUACUUGUGUGUUAUGUUGGUUGGUAGUUAUCAGUCAGGAAAGCCAUGUCAUACAAUAUGAAGGCAGAUUAAUGUUUUAUUCAAAUGUACAGAAGCUGUUUGUAAAUCCUUUUUUCAACUCCAGCAAGUAACUCAGAGGUUACUGUUCAACUUUGCCAGUAUGGGCAGAUCACUUCGGAGAGAUGUGAAUCCCUCAAAGUCAAACAGAUAGCUGGAAGACCUUUUGAGUAACAUCUCAGGAAUGUUUGUAGCUAAGACAUGUUUGUGCACGUCAAGGCCCAUAAUCAGUGAAGCCACUGAACUGAAUAACUUUUCUUUUGCACUCUCCUUGUAAUCCCAGUAGCAAACACAUACCAGACCGCUGGGUUAUGUUCUCUGCAUACAUUUUAUAUUUGCUUAUCAUCUGGUUUUUGUUACUAACUCAGUAAGUGUGCAGGUGAUUAAUUUUACCCGCAUCUUUCACAGACUAUUAAUAUAGCUGUGUUGUGCUGUUACUUCUUUGAGUGCAGUAUGACAGGAACAUGUGUUUGAGUCUUAAUAUAGGACACAAACACAGAGGAAGGAAACAAAGUCAAUAUCUAGCCUAGCUGUGAUGACUUCAUUUCCUAUACAAAUGCACCUAAAUACAACACAAAGACAUAAAUGCUUUUCAGCCACUUUGUAUAUAUGGACGAUGUUUUUUCGGUUACUUGCAUAUGCAUGAACAAAAAAAUUUACUCCUCAUUUUAUUAUAUCUUGUCAGGAUAUUGAAAUAUGCAAACAUGGAAAUGCAGAGUAAAAGGCAAAAACAGUCUGAGCUUGAAAAUCAAUAUUUUGUGUGACUACUUUUACUCUUCAACACAGUCUGAACUCUUUAAGUCUGUGUGUAAAGUAGUGUUCAGGAAUAGUUCUCCAGACUGGCUUUUUGAAGAGUAGCUGUCUGACAGCCACCCUUCUACCUUUGUCCAUUUCUGUUGAGGCUUCAGUGAACAGUAGGUGCUUC